UCUCUGUGUAGGGGAGAAAGGAAAAACCCUUCAUGAAAAACAAUGAUGUCAAUCAACAAAGGGAAAGACAUAGCUCAAGGGUCUUCGAGAUCAGCUGCUGUUGUUGUCACUGCAGCCUCUGAUCAGCAAAAUCCGCCUCCGUUGAGCCGAUACGAGUCGCAGAAGAGGAGGGACUGGAUCACUUUCGGUCAGUACUUAAGGAACCGAAGGCCACCGGUGGCGCUUUCUCAGUGUAACUCUAAUCAUGUGCUCGAUUUCCUUCGUUAUCUCGAUCAGUUCGGAAAGACUAAGGUGCACUUACAAGGUUGCAUGUUCUUCGGUCAACCUGAGCCACCAGCCCCUUGUACCUGCUCUCUUAGACAAGCUUGGGGUAGCCUCGAUGCUCUUAUCGGCCGACUCCGUGCCGCUUACGAAGAGAACGGCGGAUCUCCGGAGACCAAUCCUUUCGCGAAUGCUGCCAUACGUAUUUAUCUUCGUGAAGUGAGGGAUUCUCAAGCUAAAGCUAGGGGAAUUCCUUAUAAGAAGAAAAAGAAGAAGAGGAAUCCAUUGAAGUCUAAUGCAGAUAGCUCAAGCUUCCCUACUCAGCAACCUUGAUAUGGAUUUCCCUUAUAAAACUGGCCCUGAAUCAAAUUUCAAGAGUUUGAUCAGUUGGCAACUCUCAGAAAUCACAAUCAGUUCGUCCUUGGAUCAAGAUGAUGAUGUUUAUCUUCUUUUAAAUGAGAAAUCAAAGCUGGAAAUGGAUAUAUAUAUAUAUAUAUAUAUAUAACU